UAGAGACGUGCACGAAUACUUGCCUAAUUAAAACUACUAAGUUUGGUACCUUUAAAAAUAUAGGACCUUAAAAUUAUUGCAUAAUGCUCACAAUAAUAUUGGAAAAAUCUACAAGUUCAGAGAAACUUGUUAUUGUGAAGAAGUGUUUGAGCGUAGAGCUUGAUUAAGCUUGAUUAAGCUCGGUAUACAAUAAAAAGUUUUCACAGUAACAAGCGUCUGUUCACCCCUUUUCAUUAUUCAAUACAUUUUAAAGGCCAGUAGUCCUAAGAACCUUAAAUAGCUCUAAAUCCAACCAUAUUUUAUUCACUGGGAAGCUCUAAACCCGUAGUAUUUAGUAAAUGAGUAAAAUUAACAUCCUUGUGUUGGUACAUGACUAAAACAUAUAGAAAAUUUAGAGAACGUGAAGGAUUUCAAAGAGUAAAGCAAAGUUUUCAACAAUGGAUUUCGAAGCCAUCAGUGAGAGUGUAGGUCAUUUUGGCAGAUACCAGAAAUUCGUGUUUGGUCUAGGAUGUAUAGCACUCUUCGUUCCUGCCAUGCAAGUGCUCUCCAUGACGUUUGUCGCCAGUCCUGUCAAAUACAGAUGUGUGGUGCCAAACUGUGAUGAUAACAGCACCCAUUACGAGGAGAACUUUACUGAGUGGGCCAUCCCAGAGGGUGACCAGUGUCAUGUCUGGACACUCAACAACAAUAUUACUGAACAAUGUCAACCAGAUGUAUUUUCCAACUCAACUUCAUCUUGCUCACAGUGGGUUUAUGACACCUCAGUGUUCUCUGCAACUACUGUCACUGAGUUUGACUUAACAUGUGAAAAAGCUUGGCUUCGUCCUCUUGGUGGUUCAGUGUACAUGACUGGUAUGUUAUUGGGAGCUAUUAUUAUUGGUGAUUUAGCUGAUCGAUUCGGAAGAAGAAAGGGAAUCUUGGUGUCAGUACUUCUAUAUGGUUGUAGCGGAGUUAUAUGCUCAGUGUCUCCUAACUACUACAUGUUCCUGUUGAUGCGGUUGUUUACUGGUGCUGGAGGCUGUGGCCUCGUUCUGGUCACAUAUAUCUUGACUCUAGAGUUUAUUGGUGCUAAAUGGCGAACAUUUUGUGGGAUCAUCAUUCUGAUAUCAACUACACUUGGUGAAGUAAUGACUGGAGUGUUGGCUAUCUUCAUCAGGGACUGGCGAUGGUUGCAAGUUGCUAUCACUGCUCCUGCUUUCCUACUGUUAUCUUAUGCUUGGGCGCGGCAAGUCCUCGACGACUUCAUCUUCUGGAGUCUGACGGGAAACCUCACUGUCCGGACAGCGACCACGUCCCGAGGGCGACUGGUGCUGAACACAUUGUGCUGCAAUGUGAUCCAAAACGCCGCAGAGGCGGCAAUAUUUUUGUACCGCAUUAACAAGUCCUCCCCUGGAGCCUUCCUGUCCGCCAGCGUCGUAUUUUUGUACCGCAUUAACAAGUCCUCCCCUGGAGCCUUCCUGUCCGCCAGCGUCGGGAAGAUCACAUUCAUGGGUGAACGAAGGAAAAAUCCCUUAUGGGUGAAACUGCGACUGGGAAGGAAGGGCACGCUUUCAUUCUCGUAUUUACUCGGUGGAGUCUCAUGCUUCAUAUCCGGAUUGAUCCCUCAAGGUAAUUACUGGUUGUUGGUUGUUCUGAGCUUGUUGGGUAAGUUUGGAAUCUCAGCAGCAUUUGCCAUCGUCUACAUCUACUCUGCUGAGAUCUUCCCAACUGAGUACCGCAGUGUAGGAGUUGGUACUUGUACCAUGUGUGCUCGUCUUGGUGGUAUUCUGGCACCAUUCAUUGCUUCUCUGGCUGAUAUAUACACGCCAUUACCACUACUUAUAUUUGGUGUGUUGUCACUAGUCUCUGGUUGUCUUACUGUCUUCCUGCCAGAGACUGUUGGCUGUGAAUUACCACAAACUCUACAAGAAAGUGAAGCUUUUGGCAGUGAUCAGUCUAUGUGGUACUUCAGGUGUUGUUCCAGUUGUACAAACACGUCAACACGUAAAACAAAUGUUGCUGCAGGUGACUCACGAAAUUGUAAUGACAUGAUUGCAAGUGACUAGUGCGUCGAUCUGGAGUUUUAUGAUUCUGAUCGCGGGUUCUAACCCAGCCUGUGGUAUGGUUUGUUUCUGCAUGAUAUGUCUGAACGCAAGAAAGUAAUGUAAAAUUUGUAAUAAAUCUGGGAAAUAUCAGUUAUAAAUCUGUAAUAAAUCAGUAACAAAUCUGUAUUUUUUUUAUAAAUACUGUAGUAAAUAUUGUAAUAAGUUUAAAGUUUUAUAUGUAAAUAAAAAGACAAAAUAAUUAGUAGGUCAAAUAAAGUCUAAAUAAUACUUACAAAAAUCAAUAAAAAUGUCUUUUUG